AAUGAAGCUGUCGAAAAGUUCUCUAUCGGAAGUCAGAAAAAGGCCAGUCUACUCUCCAGGGAGACCUCAGUUCAAUCUGCCAACGAUUUGCAUCUCAGAGUACGAACGGCAACCAUUAUGACCAUGGAUGAGCAACAGAUGGAUGAGACUAAAGAGAAAAAAGAUGAUAUCACUCGACUUCGUAAAGGUGAGUUCAGAAUCAUCGGUUGGGCAGAAUUGAAGGCUGAAGGAGUGAAGAAGACCAAUCUAUUAGAAAUUCUCGCUUAUGCCAGUCCCCACUGGAAAAUGUUAACGAUAGGACUCACAGCAUGCGUUAUCGGAGGACUUGUCUAUCCAACAUAUUCCGUGGUUUUCAUGCAAGUGAUUACGUCGUUUUCUAACCCUGAUACAUUGCUUUCAACGGGACAUUUCUGGGCUCUGAUGUUCCUUGUACUGGCCGGUAUUCAAGGAUGCACAAUGUUUGGUCAGUUUCACUCUUAA